AUGUCUGAGAAGCCACAUCGCCCAUCUUCCUCUGCUUCCUCUAAGCCAGGCGCCAAGCCAGCGGCCGGGAAGGAGACCGCCUUAGGACAGGACUCAGAGGUGUGCCCUUCGCAGAGCUUUUGCUCCAGUCCUCCAGCGCCACAGAAGAAGCCGAAUCCAACGCAGCAGAAGAAGAAUCCUCCAGGUUCCUACUUGCUCUAUCUGUCUGGCCUCCCUGUAGAUGCCAAGUACCAGGAAGUGGUGUCACUGGUGCAGUCCUUCGGCAAGGUCACCAACGUCCUCAUCAUCAGGAACGAGGAGGGGGAUGAGAACCAAGGGCAGCCGCAAUACAGUAAAGCCACUGUUUGCAUGCAGAAAGAGCAGGAUGCUAAAGCACUGGCUGAGUGCCUCACUCUCACCAUACGGGAACACCCCAUCUCUGUCUCCGACCAGAAUGGCGAGGGGGAGCUUACUUCCUCCAUACCUGUCAUUAUAAAGGGAGAAGUGAUCGGUGCUCCAAAGACACCUGCGGCCCCCAACGAGGCCAACUUGACCGUCAAAGUCCCAGAAGCCAGCGUUGGUCAGAAGAAUUCAAAUGAGAUACACAGGGAGCAGGUGAAGCCACAGAGGAAGAGGAAGAGGGGCUGUAGAGCGGGACAGCUCGAGAGACUCAAAAGACUACAGAGGGAAAACAAGAGGGGCAUGGUCAAGAUUACUGGACUUCCUGAAAGCGGCUGCUCCGAGGUUGAUAUCGCAAAGCUGGCCCAGCCCUUCGGAACACCUGUCAAGAUCCUCCUCAUCACCAAGCCCAGUGAGGCUCUGGUCACCAUGCAGGAUGUGGAGACAGCCCAGGAGAUGGUGAAAGUUUACACCGACAUGCCUGUCUGCAUCAACGACUCUGUUCUGAACAUGAGCCUGCUUCCAAACCUCCUGGUGGACUUCAACAGACCGGUGGCACUUUUCCAUUCAUUGAUGGGACCCAGGAAUCCUGUUAGUGAGGUGGGAGGUGAUGAUGAUGAUGACUGGAACCGUCUCCUAGUUGUCAGUAACAUCCCGGCCACGCCCUCCGGCCCAACUGAGAUCCAGAAUCUGGUCCAGCGCUUCGGCACAGUCCAACAGACUCUGGCACUCAAGGACAAGAUCAUCUUUGAGAUGGGAACAGCAGACAUGGCCAAGAGUGUCUUCAACCGCUUCCAGAAGUUUCCUGCAUUGUUCAGAACAACAAGCUUGCCUUCUCCUGGAAACCUGAUCCCAAGACUGAUCUACCUAAAGUCGACAUCUCCUCUGCCGGCUCAACAGCUUCAACUGAUGGCAAUGACUCCCAGACUGCAGAGACCACUAUGCCCCCUGGUGGCCAGGAGGACUCACUGUCUCAGUCAGGAUUAAAGGUGGAGUCAGGAACCGGGGUUGAUACUAAGGUUGAAGGACAGGAGGUUCAGCCAGGGAAUGAAGGGAUGAAUGUUGAAGAAGGGGUUCAAGCCACAAAGUCUCCAGCAUUAGGAGGAAAGGAUUCAGAGAAGGA